AUGGCAAGUGUCCAUUUUGGACUUUUUCAUGUGUCUCGUACCUUUACAACGCCUUAUGCUAAAGAUCCACAUGAUAAGUCUCGUCAAAACCCUCGCAUUAGCGCUCUAAAUCGUUCUAAACGAGCUAAGGAUAUUCCGCUAUUAUACAAAAACUGCUUAAAAAAGGGUAGGCGUAUUCCAUCGCAAGAUCUUACUAUCCGAAAAGACUCCGAUCCUUUAUUAAUACAUUCUUCACAAAGCAUUAGAUUAAAGAAUAAAGAAUGCUAUAACCUUAUAUCAUCCUACACAAAAGAUACAAAAUUAGAACAAACUAGCUAUUCUGAAAAAGAUAUGCAAGAACCGACGACAACUAUAAGUGAUGUAGCUGGACUUGAAAAAAGUUGUAACAUUGAUGCUUAUGUAGGGCUAAUACCGAUAAAUAUCAAUGCCGGUAGAAAAUUCAAAAUUCAAUUCGAAAGAAAUUCUGAUACCGAAAAUAAAACAUUGUUAAAGCACCCAUUGAAGGUGGAUCAACGUGAAGGAAUGUAUGUCAAAUUACUUUCUACUAAUCUGAAUGGAGCUCCUUUUAAAGACUUGGAAAAAUCUACUGAUUACAAGCUUGAACUUGGAUCAAAUUAUAGCACCACUAGUAGUUCUCGUUCUACUCAUUGCACAGAAUAUAGCAACAGUCAAGAUGACAAUUACAGUGAAACCAGUAGCGCUAUUAGUACUGAGAAUAGUUUAAGUAACAAAGAGUCAAGUAAUCAUAAGAUAAUGAAAGAGACUUCGAAUGGUGCCAGCGUAGAUACUUUACCGCCGCGAAAAGCUAGUGUUACUGCUCGUGCAAUUGUUUCCGCUUUAUCGACAUCCGAUAAGAAAAGACAUGUAACAACAGAGGAUAAGACUUCGUUUUCAGAUCGUAUAGCUAAGUUAGAAAAUAAAAACGUUUCCGAUAAUAAUAUAUUUCAAAGUAAACUACGACCAAAAAAUCGAUACAAUAAUGAUGUAGUCGAAGAUGAUAAGAAAAAAACUAGCCAAGAUCAGGCUGUAAAAUCAGAUACCUCUAAAGUAAAUAAAAAAUAUAAAUUCACAGAUUGCGGACCAAAGCUAUUUUCUCAAAGACAGCACUUACCUAAGAGAAGAGCGAAAAAGUUAUCGCCCUCAAAAACAGGUGUUUCUAGUUUAAUACAAUCAAAACCGCGGUCUGAUCAAUUGGUAUGGAAAAAUACUAUUAGUCAAGGUAAAAGCUCGAACGUUAAACGAUCGAAGACAAAUAAAACAACCUCUGUCACAACAACUAACACAGCUGAGCGGUUUGCUAUUUAUCCAAUAGCUGAUAAUGCUAAUAACGGAGAAGCUAGUCAUUCCCGUUAUUCGAAGAUAAUGAAGAAUAAGAAUAAGGCAAGUAAGCGGUGUUGGAUAGGAAUUGGAAAACCAGUGACUAUAGCUUCUCUGCUAAUUUCUGUAAAAGAUAACGUCUUGUUACAAUCGGGGCCUCGUAAAAUUGAUUUACCGUAUAUUGGAAGAGUUUUAUCAAUCUGGGAGAAUACUGGUAUUGAUGAAUUAAUUUUGAAUUUUCGGAUUGCUAUAGAGUCAGAUGAUAUAAUGAUCACCGUAUUAUGGUACUACAGGCCAGAGCAGACAGAAAUAGGAAGAUUGAAUGGUUAUCAUGGUGAAAAAGAGCUACUUUCUUCUAGACACCAAGAUGACAAUAGUGCAAACUGCAUUAUUGAUAAGUGUUACGUCCUAACAUUUUCUGAAUAUUGCAGAUUUCAUGCUAAGCGUCGUUUGUACAAUGAAAAUGAAAUAUUAAGGAAAGCCUGUGCACAUUAUUUCUUUCUUCAUUCUGCAAGAAAAGGCAUGUGUAUGCCGAAGAUUGAUUGUGACCCUGAUCAUGUAUAUUUUAGCCGACAUGCAUAUGAUUAUAUGACAGGAAAAGUCUUAAAGAAACUCUAA